AUGUCCGGUGGCGGAUUCGGCGGAGGGUUCGGCGGGGGGGGAGGCGGCGGAGGGGAUAUGACGGAAGCCGUUGAACUGCGGAAGGAAUUGGCGGAGCAGUCGGAGGAAAUGGAGCGGCUUUUAGCUAAGAACGAGCAGCUGGAGGAGCAGCUCCGCGAAUCGCGGCGAGAGGCUGCCGAAGCAAGCAGCCGCGCCACUGCCGCCGCAUCUCGCGCUGAGUCCCUCCAAGCCAAGCUCGACGCGGCUGCAACUCACUCCGCGACUCACGCCGCAUCCGACGGCGCAUCUGACGGCGCGUCUGACGCGGAGUCCCUCCAGCGGAAACUGGACGAGGCGAACGCGGCGCGGGCGGAGCUGGAGGAGCGAUUAAUCUCCAUUACCUCUGAGAAAGAGGAGCUGGAGAGGCGAUUAAUCUCCACGAGCGCGAAGCGCGAGACUCUGGAGGGCAAAGUGGAGGAUUUGGAGGGGAGGGGGAAGUACUUAGAGGGGAAAGCGGCCGCCGCGGAAAGAGUAGCGGAUGAAUUGGCACGCCAAGUGGAAAGGCUAGAGGGCAUGGUGGGGGAGAGCGGAGAAGGGGGAGACGGGGGAGGCGGAGGGGGAGGGACAGGGGGAAAGGGUGGGGGAGGGGGAGGGGAGUGGGAAGAGAAGGUGAGGAUGCUUGAGCGGGAAUUGGAGCAGAUGGGGAGGGAGAGAGAGGAGGUGGUGAGGGAGAGGGAGGCGAUGGGAGGGGAGAGAGUGAAACUGUUGAGAGAGAGGGAGGAGAUGGAGAGGAGGUUGAAAGAGCUCGAGAAGGAGGUGAAUGCAAAAGGAGGGGGAGGCGGUGGUGGGGGCGGUGAUAAUAACGAGGGUAGUGACUUAAACGAAGGACGAGGCAGCGGGGAGAAGACGAGGGGCGAGGCGGAGGAGGGUGAUGUGACUAAAGCGAGGGAAGAGAAGGAGGAGCUAGAGGCGAAGUUGGCGGAUGCGAUUAAAGAGAAAGAGGAGAUGGAGGAGAGAAUGUUAGCAGCAGAGGCGGAGCGAGACGACCUAAUUAUUGAGCACGAGGAGCUAGUAGCUACUAUGGAGGAGGCCGGCGGGCGAAUGCAGGCUUUAAUCCGCGAGAAAAAGGAGCUGGAGGCACGGUUGGGAGCGGUGCAGGGCGGCUGGGAGAGCAAGAGCCAGGGGCGGCGGCCGUGGGAGGUGGAGGAGGAGGAUGGGGAGGAGACAGGGGGGAUGGGAAUAGGAGGGGGGAUGGGACUGGGAGGGGGGAUGGGGAUAGGAGGAGGGAAUGAUAGCAGGUAUUUAGAGGAGAGGGUGCUUGAGCUUGAAGCGACUCUGGCAGAAUCGAAGCGAGGGAGGGAGGAGAUGGGGAGGCGGUUGGCUGCUGCUGAAGCUCUAGUGGAAGAUGAGAGAGAGAGGGUGGCGGGAGAAAUUCGGUUGCUGGAUCAGGAAUUGGAAAAGGCGAUGGGGUUGCUUGGGGAGAAAGAGAGGGAGGUCGAGGGGUUGGAGGAGAGAGUGAGGGAGCGAGAGGAGGAGGUGGAGAAGGUGGGGGGAAGGUUGCGGGAGAAGGAGGAGGAGGUGGAGAGGGUGGAGGGGAGGUUGAGGGAGAGAGAGGAGGAGGUGGGGAGGUUGGAGGGGGAGGUGAAGGGGUUGAAGGAGAGGGUGAGGGAGUGGGAGGAGAAGGGGAGGGAGAAGGAGAGGGAGUUGGGGGAUGUGAGGAGGGAGGCAGAUGAGAGAGUGAGGGAGAUGGAGGAGAGAGUGGGAGAGAGUGAGAAGAGGGCGGGAGAGUUUGAAGCGAAGGCUAGCGAGCAGCAGGAGAAGGCGCGAGAAGUGGAGUCAGCGCUUGCUGUGCUUCAAACGGAAGUGGCAGAAGCGAGGGGCGAGAUUGAACGACUGGUGUUGGAGAAGGAGGAGUUGGAGGGGAGGAUGAGGGAGGUGGAAGGGGCGAAAGAGGGUGUAGAGGAGGAAGUAGCUGGGUUGCGGGAAGCCGUUCGAGGGUUGGAGGAGAAGAAGAGGAAACUGGAGGAGGGAAGGCGAGAUAUGGAAGAGGAGAAGCAGAGAGCUGAGGAGGAGAAGGAAUCUUUGCUAGAGGAGACGGAACGUAUGAAGGAGGAGAUUCGGAAGGUGAGGGAGGAGAGGGAGGAGGAAGGGGAGAAGAGGAGGCGGGUGGAGCAGCAAGUGGAAGAGUUGGAGCAGCGAAGGAUGGAGCUGGAGAGGGGCUUGGAGGAGGAAAGGGAGGGAAGGAGGAGGGUGGAGGAGGAAUCGCGGGGAGAAAUUGAGGGACUGAGAAGGGCUGUGGAGGAGGGGGAGAGGAGGGAUGGAGUGAGAGUGAGUGAGUUGGAAGUGGCUUUAGAGAGGGAGAAGGCGAGUAGGAUGGAGGUGGAGGGAGAGAGGGAGGAGGAGAGGGUGAGGAGGGAGGAGGUGGAAGGGAGGUGGAGAGAGGAGGAGAGGAGGAGAGAGGAGGUAGAGGGGGAGUUGAGGGAGGUGAGUGUGAGGAAGAGAGAGGUGGAGGAGAGAGGGGAGGAGUUAGAGCGAGUGAGAAGGGAGUUGGAGAGGAGGUUGGAGGAGAUUGAGAGGGAGAAGGAGGAGGGGGAGAGGAGGAGGGAGGAAGGGGAGGAGAGGAGGAGGGAGUUAGAGGAGAGACUGGGAGAGAUGGAGGGGAGGGUGGAGGAAGCGAGGGCAGAGAGGAGGGAUAUGGAGGGGAGGUUGGAAGAGGAGGAGUGUCGGAGAAGGGAAUUGGAGGGACGGAUCGAGGGGCUUGGGAGGGAGAGGGAGGGGGAGGUGGAUUCUAGGGUAGGUGAACUGGAGAAAGAUAAGAGGGAUCUAGAGGUGAGGGCUAGACAAGCUGAGAGGGAGGUGAGGGAAUUGAGGGAGAAAUUGGAGGAGAGGGUGGAAGGGGAGGAGGAGAAGAGGAAGAGGGUUGAGAAGAGGUUGGAGGAGAGUGAGAGGGAGAGGGGGGAGUGGGAGGAGAGAGUGAGGGAGGCGAGGAAAGAGGUGGAGGAGGGGCGGAGGGAGAAGGAGGAGGUGUUGGGGAGGGUGAGAGAACUGGAGAUAGAAGUAAAGGCGGAGAGGGAGAGAGUUGGGGCAGUUGAGCUAGAGCUGAAAACAGCGAGGGAGAGAGUAAAGGCAGUUGAGUUAGAGUUGAAGGCAGAGAGGGAGAGAGUGAAGGACUCAGCAGAUAUGGACGGGAGAGAGGGUAGGGAAGGAGCCACAGCAGUUACCACUGCAACAGCAGCCACUGAUGCCAGCAGCAGCAAUGGUGGUGGCAGUGACAGCAACGAGCCCGAAACUGCAGCCUCGGAGAGGCUCGCCAAAGCUGAGGCUCGGGCGCGGCGCGCCGAAGCUGCCGCCGAGGCUCUCCAGGAGCAGCUGGCGGAUCGGGAAGCGAUGGAGAAGAGCCGGAUCAGGAGAGAGGUUCGGGAAAAGGAGACUGCUGUUGCGAAGCUAAGGGGACAGGUGGCACAGGCCGAAGGGAAAUGGAGGAAGGCGGAGGCGAGGGUAAGAGAGGCGGAGGAAGAGGUGGAUAGGAUCCGAGAUGGGCUGAUGGGGCGAGCGGGGAGGGGAGCGGGUGCGGGAGGGGGAGAAGGGGGAGGGGGAGAAGCGGGAGGUGGGGAGUGGGAGCAGUCUGAGGUGGCCCGGGUGUGGGUGAAGUUGAAGGAGGCUGAGGAGAGGGUGAAGGAGGCGGAAGGGAGAAUGGCAGAGGAACAGGAAGCUGCUAGGAAGGCGCUGGACGAGCUGGAGGAAGUUACGUGGAAGGUGAAGGGGGCGGAGGAGGAGGCGAGGAGGGAGAGGGAGAAGCGAGAGAAAAUGGCUGAGAGGCUUGCGAGUUUAGAAGAAGAGUUUUCUGGGAGCUCGGGAGGAGUGGGAGGAGCGGGAGGAGCAGGUGGGAAGAGUGCGGGAAUGUUAGAUAAGAGUUCGGGGGCGGCCGAAGGUGGGGCAGGAGCUUUGGGAGCAGCAGCAGGGGCGGUUCCAGCUGGGUUUGUUCUCUUAGCGGAGUCUGCUAUAGAGGAGAUGCAGAGGAGGGAGGCAGAGCUGCUGAUGCAGGUGGAUCAGCAGCGGGUGAUGCUGGAAGGCAAGGGGCAGGAGGUUCGGAAGAAGGAGGCGGAGGUUCGGGCGAAGGCUCGGGAAGUGACUGCCAAGCAGGAGGAGCUGAACGCGCUCAAGGCUAAGAGCCAGGGGCUGCUAGCUAAGGAGCAGGAGAUUAAGCGUCUGACCGAUGAGCUUUUAGCUAAGAGCGAGGAGAUUCAGCGGCUGGAGAAGGAGGUGGAAGGAAAGGAGGAGGAGGCGAGGAGGAAAGCGAUGGAGCUCAUAAUGAAAUCAGCUGAGGCGAGGGCUAAAGAUGAGAUCAUCGAAGAGAAGGAAAAAGAGCUACAGGAGCUGAGGGAGCAUCUGUACUCAGGGGGAGGGCCGUCCCCCAGAGGAGGAGGGGGCGGUCGUAGCAUGCGGUAUGGCGGUCCUUCCCCUAGAAGAAAGGCGGAUGGUGAAGGGGAGGAGGGGAGGCGGGAGGGUGGGUAUGGGGAGGAGGGGGAGGAGGAGGAUACGGUUGAGUCGCUGAGAGAAGAGAUUGCUAGGAUGGAUGGGGAGAUGGAGGAGUUGUAUCAGGCGUUGAUAGAGGCGAGGGAGGAGAAAGAGGCGACGGUUACCGAGUUACUGAAGCAGGUGGUAACCUUGAAUGAUAGGUUGGCUGCGGCGAAGCGGGAGAAGGACUCGGCGGUUGCCGAGGCUGAGAAGCAGCUUCGGGGCGCCGUGGCCGACGCGGAGGAGCGGGCGGAGAAGGCUCGGAAGGAGGCGGAGUCACUAGCUUUGCUGAUAGAGCAGACGGAGGGGGAUAAGGUGCAUGCGCGAGCGAGCGUGGAGAAAGCGCAGGAGUAUUUGCGAGCGCUGGACACGGCUAGGGUGGAGGUGAAGAGGCUGAGACUAGAGAGGGAUUUGCUGAAUGAUCGGGUGAAUACUCUGGAGGAGCAGGCAAGGGCGGCGGUGAAUACGGGUGGGGCGUUGGGGCGAUGGCUCAUGCCUAAUUGUUUGCUGCAGCGACCGGAGAAUACGAGCAGCAGUGGCAUGGGAGACGGGAGGGGAGAAGGGGAAGAGGUAGUGGUGUAUGUGGUGAAUGCGGGUCCACCGCCUACCUCCCUCAUUCCCCCCCAUCCCCUGUCUUCCCCCUCCUCCCUCCCCACUCCCCCCCGCCUCACCACGCGUGUACGUGGAAACGGUGGUAUACGUGGUGGAUGCUGGUCCAUCCGUCCCACUUUCCCCCCACUUCUCCCCCUCUCUCCCCCUCCCUCCCCUUCUCCCCCCUCCCCUCCCCCCUCGCGCGCACAGGAGACAGUGGUAUACGUGGUGGAUGCGGGUCCAUGCGUCCCACAGAAAGUGUUUCAGGAGUGCCGGCUCUGGGUGGAGCAGCAGAUGGUGCAGAAGGUGGGGAUGGACACUAACAACCCUUUAGGGGAUGAGGAGGGUUACGAGCACAUAGCUGUGGUGGUGGUGGUGCACUGGUGCCUCACAAUGCUGCUCCAUUCCUUCUCCUUCUUUCAACCCCCCCUCCCCGCUUCCUGCCCCUCCUUGCCCCACUGCAGAGACGAACAACCCGUUAGAGGAAGUGGAGGGGUACGAGAACAUAGCCGUGGUGGUGCCUCACAGGGGCUCAGCGCGCUUGUGGUGUCCUUAGACCUUCUCAUUCGCGCCAAGGGCCCUCUGGGAAUCACAAAGGGUGUGAAGCGCGUCAUGCUGCUGACAGGUGGCGGCACGCCAUUGGAGGAGGCCAGCGAAGGCUCCAAUGAGGAGCAGGUGGCAACGGUGGCUGGGAAGAUGCACGAAUAUGGCAUCGCUCUGCAUGCUGUGCUGCUGAGCGGGAGGGUGGAAGGCGAGGAGGCAGAGGCAGGAGGAGCAGAGGACGAUGGGGACCCAGGAGGAGGAAGGGCUGAGGCCAGGGAUGUUGCUAACGAGAACGAGAAGCUGCUGAGAAGGUUCUUUGAUGCGGGGGCUUGCAGGGACCACGGGGGUCGAAGGGAAGAGCAGGAGAAAUUGAAGGAGGAAGAUGGGGGAGGGUACGGGAAACGGUGCAAACGGGAAGAGAAUGGGACAGGUGAUGCAAGGGCGGAGGGAGGAGGUGGGGCGGAUGAGGAGGAGGAGGAAAAAGGCGUUGGGAGCGGUGGUGUGGUGUGUGGAGGGGAGCUGCGAGUGGUGGCGUCGCUGGCAGCAGCGGGCAUGCUGUAUCGGGUGAAGCCGCGAGUGCUGCCCACCACAUCGUACCGAGGCGACUUGCUGGUGGCCCCUGGAUUCACCAUCAAGGUGGAACCGCGCAUGCUGCCCCCAGGCGACCUGCUGGUGGCGCCUGGAUUCACCAUCAAGGUUCGGGCAUACAAGAAGACCUUCCCCCAGCGCCUCCCUCCCUUGAAGCUCCUCUCCCGCCUCGCCCCUCCCUCCGACCCAUCCGCCGCGAGAGAAGGUCUGGGCAUACAAGAAAACCUUACCCCAACUCCUGCCUCCCCUGAUGCUCCUCUCCCACCUCGCCCCUCCCUCCGAUCCCUCCGCCACUGGAGACAGGGAGGGGGCGAGGAGCUCGAGACAGUGGGGUUGGACGAGCUUGUGCGAGCGUACAAGUAUGGGCCCCAGGUCAUCCCAGUGAGUGAGUACGACCGCAUGGCAAAACGGCACUACUUCAUAAAGGACAAGGCCAUUCCCCUCCCUGAGCCCACCAACACCAAGGCGGCUCUCGCCCCCCCUCUCACACCCUUGCUUCCUGAUACGGCCAUCCUCCUCCCCGAGCCCAGCAACACCAAGGCCGCUCUCGCCCUCUCACACGCUCACUGCACCUCCCUCACAUCUGCCGCUCUCGCCCUCUCAGCCCUCGCCCAGGCCAUGGAAGCUUCUAAGAAGGUGGCAAUCGUGCGGUUCAAGCUCACCAACCGGGCGGACUCGGGCGUUGCCCUCGGCGUGCUGACGCCAUGGUGUAGAGGGAAGCGAGGGUUCACAGAAGAGGAUGAUGAAGCUGUGGUGAGUGUGGGAAGGAAGGUGGCGAUCGUGCGGUUCAAGCUCACCAACCAAGCAGACUCGGGCGUUGCACUCGGCGUGCUGACGCCGUGGUGUAGCGGGAAGAGGGGAUUCGCAGAGGAGGAGGAUGAUGCUGUGCCCGAUCUACUGCUGCUCAACACCAUCCCCUUCAGUGAGGACAUUCGGGAGUUCUCCUUCCCGUCCCUGGAAGCUGCGCCGCCCAAUCAACAGCCGACAGCUGUCCAGAGCAGCGCAGCAGCAGCUCUGGUGCAGGCCAUGUCUCUAGUGCGGUGCAGUAUGGUGGAGGAUGAUGAGGAGGAGUACAGUAAGGAGGAGGGGAUGGAGGAGGGUGAGAAGCUGAGACCAGAAGACACACCCAGCCCGGCACUGCAGCAUUACUAUGACUUCAUCCGAGCUCGGGUCCUCCAACCCAAGGCCCGCAUACCGCCACUCCCUGCCACCCUCGCGGCCCCUCUCUCCCACCCGCUCUCCGCCGACCAUCCUGCCGCCCGGUCCUUUGCUGCUGCCUUCCCUGCCCUUAGGGAUCACACUGCGCCUCUAUCUCAACAGCCUCUAUCUCAACAGCCUCUGCAGCUGUCUCAGGCAGAGCCUUCCCCAGAGGAGCCUGCACCAGCUGCAGCUGCCCCAAGCAGACCGGAUUCUCCUGGAGCCAGGGACCAAAGCAGGGAGACGAGCACCGCCCCUUCAGGUGUAACCAGUGCGGGGCACUGA